UGUGAUUGGCUCGGGCUGCGGAACCUCGGAAACCCGAAUGCGAGGAGGACCUUACGGACCCACAGCUGCCGCCCCCCGCAGAAAUCCGGAGCGCGGCCCCCUGGCAGCGGCGGCAGCGGCGGCGGCGGCAGGUAAAGAGAACGUUUUCCAAAGAAAAUAACAUAGUUCAGAAAGAAAAAUAACAAAAAGAAUUUGCUGCAGAUUUUGUUUUACAAUAUGUAAGAAAAUCUACAGUUUCUUCAAGACUCUCAUAUUAAGGAAGCAGUCAUGUUUCAUGAGUCCUCAAAACUGUGAGACAAGAGAAUGUAGUAGAGUGAGGCCAGAAGUCCUUACUGGCUCAAAGAACUCCAGGGAAACUGGGAUAGAACAUUUUACAUUAUAAGUAGAACCCCGGGAGCCAGAGGUGAAAUACAAGUUUAUCUGCAGAGCUCCGCUGCAGGGCUGAUCUGGGUCUGGAAGAAAUGGAUGAGAACCACUGGAUGAAAUUCACUAAUGCUAGACACCUGAGUCCUCUAGUAACGUAUAAAUAUCCCAACUAUUGUCUGUUGUCAUCUUGUUCCUCUUUUUCUUCUUAUUUUAUAACCUAUAUUUUAACUGGAACCUCAGUGCUAUGGUUUUGUCCUUUUGCUUGCUUCUAUCACUUCCCUAUGGCUCGUCACCCUUACUGUGUCUUAUUCUUCAUUAUCUUUGGUUUACCUCCACUUGGCCCUUCUUUUAUUUAUGUUUGCCACAUAAAACAUCUAAUCAAGGUUUUUGUUUGUUUUGUUUUCCUUUGUAUUGAGAUUUGCACACCUGGUUGAGAGGCAUAUUUUCAAUGGCAUUUUUUUCUCAAAACGACUGACUUUGGCCUAAUGUAUUUAAACUGUUUUUAAAACCAUUUCUUUUACAGAGAUUUGUGAAUAAACUUUGCUAAGUAUGGAUUCAGGUGGUGGAAGUCUUGGAUUGCACACAUCAGACUCUAGAAUGGCCCAUACCAUGAUUAUGCAGGAUUUUGUUUUUCGUAGUCAUUUUGAUGAAGAUGCUGAGACUCCAUUGACAGUCAACAAAGAAACUGAAUUUGAGCAAGUGGCUGGAAUGGCUGGUACUGCGCAUAUCGAUGGAGACCAUAUUGUUGUUUCAGUUCCUGAGGCUGUAUUAGUUUCUGAUGUUGUCACAGAUGAUGGGAUAACUCUUGAUCAUGGCCUUGCAGCUGAAGUUGUCCAUGGGCCUGAUAUCAUCACCGAAACUGAUGUAGUAACAGAAGGUGUUAUUGUUCCUGAAGCUGUACUUGAAGCUGAUGUUGCCAUUGAAGAAGAUUUAGAGGAAGAUGAUGGUGAUCACAUCUUGACUUCUGAGCUAAUUACAGAAACUGUUAGAGUACCUGAGCAAGUUUUCGUGGCUGACCUUGUUACUGGUCCUGAUGGACACUUAGAACAUGUGGUCCAAGAUUGUGUUUCAGGAGUUGACUCUCCCACAAUGGUAUCAGAGGAGGUUCUUGUAACUAAUUCAGAUACAGAAACUGUGAUUCAAGCAGCUGGUGGUGUUCCUGGUUCCACAGUUACUAUUAAAACUGAAGAUGAUGAUGAUGAUGAUGAUGAUGAUGAUGACGAUGUCAAGAGUGCUUCUGAAGACUACUUAAUGAUAUCUUUGGAUGAUGUUGGGGAAAAAUUAGAGCAUAUGGGGAACACACCAUUAAAAAUCGGCAGUGAUGGUUCACAAGAAGAUGUUAAAGAAGAUGGAUUUGGUUCAGAAGUAAUAAAAGUGUAUAUUUUUAAAGCUGAGGCGGAAGAUGAUGUUGAAAUAGGUGGAACAGAAAUUGUCACAGAGAGCGAGUACACCAAUGGACAUUCUGUAUCUGGAGUGCUUGACCAGAGCCGAAUGCAGCGGGAGAAGAUGGUUUAUAUGGCAGUUAAAGAUUCUUCUCAGGAAGAAGAUGAUAUCAGAGAUGAAAGAAGAGUUUCCCGAAGGUAUGAAGAUUGUCAAGCAUCAGGAAAUACUUUAGACUCAACAUUAGAAAACAGAAGUAGUACAGCUACACAGUACCUUCAAAUUUGCGAUAGCAUUAAUACGAAUAAAGUACUUAAACAAAAAGCCAAGAAGAGGAGAAGGGGAGAAACCAGGCAGUGGCAAACAGCUGUCAUAAUAGGCCCUGAUGGACAGCCCCUGACAGUAUACCCUUGCCAUAUUUGCACAAAAAAGUUUAAAUCCAGGGGAUUCUUGAAAAGACACAUGAAGAAUCAUCCUGAUCAUUUGAUAAGGAAAAAAUAUCAGUGUACAGAUUGUGACUUUACAACUAACAAGAAAGUGAGUUUCCAUAACCACUUAGAAAGCCAUAAGCUUAUAAACAAAGUUGACAAAACCCAUGAAUUUACAGAAUACACACGAAGAUACAGAGAGGCUAGCCCACUGAGUUCAAAUAAACUUAUACUAAGAGACAAGGAGCCGAAGAUGCACAAGUGCAAAUACUGUGACUAUGAAACUGCAGAACAAGGACUGUUAAACAGACAUUUACUGGCUGUUCACAGCAAGAAUUUUCCUCAUGUUUGUGUUGAGUGUGGGAAGGGCUUUCGACAUCCAUCUGAACUCAAGAAACAUAUGAGAACCCAUACUGGUGAGAAGCCAUAUCAGUGUCAGUAUUGUGUCUUCAGGUGUGCAGAUCAAUCAAAUCUGAAAACUCAUAUUAAGUCUAAGCAUGGUAACAAUUUGCCAUAUAAAUGUGAGCAUUGCCCCCAAGCAUUUGGUGAUGAGAGGGAGCUUCAGCGCCAUCUGGAUUUAUUUCAAGGACAUAAGACACACCAGUGUCCUCAUUGUGACCAUAAGAGCACCAACUCAAGUGACCUUAAGCGGCACAUCAUAUCUGUCCACACUAAGGAUUUUCCUCACAAAUGUGAGGUCUGUGAUAAAGGUUUCCAUCGUCCUUCUGAGCUCAAAAAGCAUAGUGAUAUCCAUAAGGGUAGGAAGAUUCAUCAGUGUAGGCACUGUGACUUUAAAACAUCAGAUCCAUUUAUUCUUAGUGGUCAUAUCCUUUCAGUUCAUACUAAGGAUCAGUCAUUGAAGUGUAAAAGGUGCAAGAGAGGAUUUAGACAACAAAAUGAGCUCAAAAAGCAUAUGAAAACACACACUGGAAGGAAGAUUUACCAAUGUGAGUAUUGUGAAUACAGCACUACAGAUGCAUCUGGCUUUAAACGACACGUAAUAUCAAUACAUACAAAAGACUAUCCACACAGGUGUGAAUUCUGCAAGAAGGGAUUCCGAAGACCAUCAGAAAAAAAUCAGCAUAUUAUGAGGCACCACAAGGAGGCUCUUAUGUAAUAAGAUCAGUAUAAAGAAAGAACCUAUUUAGAAAAUAUGAUAAACUACAUGGGAGGAAAUUUUCACAAACUAUUUCAUCUGGUUACAAAGCUUGAUAUUAAAUCAUAACUUUACAUUCUUUGUAUUAAAGAUCUUAACAUAUUUGAAUUAACAGGGGAUCUCAUAGCCCUUUGAAAAUUACUUAAAGAAUUUAAGAAACACCAUAGAAUGGUUGUGUAAAAACUUCUUAAGUGUCUAUUUAAUAGUCUUAUAUGCAUAAUUAAACUACAGAGGGGAAGAGCAAAGACAAUGACUUUAUUUGGCUGAUCAUACUAGAGACAAAUGUUCCUGAAAAGGUUAUACAUAAUUGAGGACUUUAGCAAUGCUUUGCUAUGGCAAGCAAGCCUCACUUUUAUGCAAUUUUAGAAAUGGGGUGGAGAAAUAAAAUGUAGUCAUCCAUCAAUCAUUUCGUCAUUGAGCCUUUUUAUAUGGUACUUGGAAAUUGAAUUCCAGAAAUGGCAAAGUUUUGUGUAUUCAUUAAAAGAAUUUCACCAGAAAACAGGUUAGAUUAAUUCAGUACUAUUAAAAAGAAUUUCAAAGCUGCUAAGAUUUUAUCACAGGAUAGGAUGUUUAAAAUAGAGCAUUCUGUGCUGAAGUCUAAGGAUUGAAGUUCCCUUUUUUUCUGAUGUUCAAGUUGAUUGUUGUUCAGUAUGGCAUAUAUGACAAAAGUAUAUUUGAGUCAAAUGUGGCUUUCUAAAACAGAUGCAACAGUAGUGUUGCAAACAAAGUUAGCACUAUAUUUCUUAAUGAUCUAAAGAUUAAAUUGAGAGAACACAGUUUUCUUAAAUAUUAUAAUGUUUAGAGGUUUUUUUUUUAGGACAGUCUUAGCAAGUAUGAUUCUUCUACUCUUACUUGCUCUAAUGUUUAAAGGUGCAAUUUUAUGCCAUUAUUGAAGAUUUUGAUUUUUAAAAUCUAUAUACCAUAUUAUUAACAUGCAUUUUCAAUAUGAGACAGUAUUUAUGCGGUAUUUAACAAAACACUAUGCUGCCAAUAGAGUUUGAAGGUGGAUAUUCAGUUUACAGUGUAUAAAUUUAAAUAUGCAUCCCUUUAACAACGCUUUGUGUUAGCAUGCUGCAAAUCAAAAUGGCGCUUAAUAUAAAAAGCUGGUUUAGGGAAAUUUAAUGAAAAUUAUGUUCAUAAACGUAAUGCAUAUGACGUGUACUUUUAAGUUUUAGUUGCUUCAUGUUUACACUCAGCUGUUCAACAUAAUUAAAUGUAAUUUUACUUCAUGCUAUAUUGUGGCUUUGUGUUUCAAAUAAUGUUCACCUUUCUGUUUUUGCACCAGAUAAGAAUCAGUUCCUUGAAAAUAAAUUUUUUAUCUUUCUUAACUUGAGAAUACUAAAUUUGGAAAAUCUAAAAUUGUGUGUUAUGUGGCUGUAAAUGAUGUACACGCUGUAAAAUAAAAUUGUCACUGUUACGUGGGAUUAUUAUUUCUAAAUGUUACUCAUUGAAAUGAGCAUACAAUAAAAAGCAUUUAUUGCACUUCAA